AUGGCGACUCAUCGUAGGGAAAUGAUGCAACCUCAGGCGAUGCUGGGCGAGCGGGAGGUGACGGCGACACAGACGGCUCUUUCGGAAGUGCUUCCCCUUCCGACUCAAAUUCUGGCUCAGGAAAUGGAGAUGGACAAGCAGACCAAGAUGGGUCUGAUCAAAAUGGCGCUGACGGAGCCUUGCCAGGCCAGAACGGAGGAGAUAAUGGCUCCGGGUCACCAGCUUCGACUUGUAACCCAGCCUGUACUGGCAACACGGUCUGUAUCAACAACCAAUGCGCUUCAGUUCAAGACCCGUCAUCUUGCGGCACAACCUCCAGCCGUCUCCUGCGUCUGCUUCGGAGACAAGCGACAUCAACCUGCCAGCCAGGAUUUGCUUGCAUUAACAAUGAGUGUGUACCAGCUAACGGCCCGGUCAACUGCGGCGCAUCAGGUGUCAAUUGCCCCAUCAACUAUGCUUGUAUCCAAGAUUCCUGCGUGGCUCUUGGUGAGCCAACGUCUUGCGGAGGUGAAACUUGCAGCAGCGAUGAAUUGCAAUGGAGUUGCUUGCCCUACUGGUGAGACAUGCCAAGAUGGAGCUUGUGUUCCCAUCGAUGGCACAGGCCCAGGUUCAAACGGAGGCGGAGGAAGCCAGGGAGGCGGUUCAGAUAACGGGGGCGACGAUGGAUCUUCCUCUUCAAGCGGUGGCAACGGGAACGGCGACAACACAGGUGAGGAAGGCCAGGGCAGCGGGGGCUCCUCUGAUGGGGGCACUUCUGGCGAUGGCUCUUCUGGUGAUGAGUCGCAGACUGGAAGUAUACAAGGACAAGGCUCCAGUGGCGGUGGUUCUGGGGAUUCUGGCUCCGGCUCAGGCUCAAGCGGUGGCUCUUCUGACGGUGCUUCUGACAGCGGAAGCUCAGGAUCUGGGAUAAGUCCAGGAAGCGGAAGUGGCUCUGGAGACGGAUCAAAUUCAGGGUCUGAUUCGCCAUCAGGCAAUGGUUCAGGUUCUGGAUCUCAGGGAAGUAAUGGGUCUGGAUCAAAUGGUGGAGACGGAGACGGCAACGACACUGGAUCUGAGCCCGGCUCCGGCUCAUCACCAGGCAAUAGUUCAGAUGGCAGUGGAAACGGUUCACCAACAACGCGUCAACCAGCACUUACGGCCAGACCACAAGGUAAUGUCCCUGGUAGUGGUGAUCCCGAUGCCGACAAUACCUCCGAUAGUGGUAAUACAGGCUCAAAUGGCAGACAGACCUCUAGUCCGCAAGGUGGGACCCGUCCAAGCCAAACUGGCAGCCAAGGGAAUGGCUCUGGAGGUGAUGGAUCUGGAGGCGGUAACGGGCCCAGCAGUCGGUCGCAAUCAGCAUCCUCUCCGAAUCAAACUGGUGGCACGGAGGGAGGUAGUACAGGCGGCGACGGCGACCCUGACUCGAGCGACCCUAUGUCCAAUGGUGGCUCAGAAACAACAUCGGGAGCGUCUGUAUCCGGUGACUCUUCGCCUUCUGGAGCAGAUGGGUCAGCAGCUACAGGAUCAACAGGCCAGACAUUACCAACUUCUGUUCUAUCCGAUGGGGCGCCCAUUGUCAACCCUGGCCCCGACUCAAUGGGGGCAUCUGGAAGGUUGACAACAUCGACUUCGAGGCAGAUUGGAAGCCCUGAAGUAAAUCCUAAGGGAGGCGGAGAUGAAGACCCAUCGCCAACAGAUAGCAGUGGUGGUGGCAACAUAGGCACCCAAGGGUCAGAAGGACCAGGUAUCCUCUCGACGGAUAACGGAGGCGCGUCAGCUACUGAUGGUAAUGGAGGCGGCACUGGCACAGCAACUCAAGGCUCAGGCACUUCAAAUACUUCUGCCAGCCAGUCAAACUCCCCAAACACAGCUGUAUCUGGAACAGGCAAUGAGCAACCUUCAAGCACUGAUGGCGGCCCUAACGCCGGAGGUCAGACAAGUGGUACGAACCAAAGCCAAGAGGCUGGAACGACUGGUUCUUCCAAUGGCCAGUCAACGGGUGAACAGUCUUCAUCUAUCACACCUACAGGCCAAGGCCCGUCACCCACUGAUGGAUCCCCCACAUCCUGCUCGGACGACGGUGACUGUGCCGUCGAUACUGAGCUCUGUGUUUCCGGGGGACUCAACAUCUGCGCCUGCGUGAACGCAUUAUGUGUCCCAACCACCGACCCAGAUGGUGCUUCCACUACAGGAGGUGCUAGUUCCACCGCGGCAUCUGGAACCGAGGUCGCCAAUCCUUCAGCGCCGACAGAGAGUGGUGGAGUGACACCUUGUAGUGACGAUGAUGACUGCUUGGCCGAUGUCUCGUUGUGUUUGAGCGGCGUACUCAAUCUGUGCACUUGCAUUAAUGCAAGACAUCACAACGAGUGGCUCUCAAGUGUCAAGCACGGCUUCUGGCAAUAA